AUGGAAAAAUUUAAAAAGUUUACCGAUGAUGCCACAGGCGUCAAUCCUUUUGUUCCGUACCGAAAGAAAAAUUCAUUCCGAGACUUGACGACACUCCAAAAAUUUGUUUUAAAGCCUCUUAGAGCAUUGAUCUCACCUGUUCCAUUCCUGAUCAAGUUUUUAUUAAUUUGCAUCUUUUUAAUACCAUAUUUUGCUGUACAACAUGUUUCAAUGAUCAUUCCGAUUGGUUUUAUUAAGAGAUUGUUACAUCGUUAUGCAAGUAUUUUGUGUUGUGGAUGUGCUUUGUUUACCUUGUUGGGAUUUAGUGGAGUUAAGAGUAAGCAAGUUGAUUUGGAAGGAAAGGAUAAGAAGACUGUCCCUUCUGAUAUUGCUCAUGGAGAUUUGAUUGUUUCAAAUUAUGUUUCUUAUAUUGAUUUUUUUUAUUUGAAUUUCAAAUAUUCUCCAGUUUUUGCAAUGGCUGUCAAGAGUAAGAUUGAAAAUGGUGAAGUUAUUUAUGGAUUGAAACCUUUUGGAUUUUUUGGAGCUCUUUAUCAUACUUUGUUUGGACAAUUUAGUGAAAGUACUGAUAAUCUUCAUAAGGAUUGUCAACCUCUUCAUGAAAUUGUUAGAGAUGCUAAGAAAUAUUCCAGAGGACCAGUCGUUGUCUUCCCUGAAGCAGUUACUUCAAAUGGUAGAGGUGUUUUAAAGUUCCACAAUUAUUUCUUUGAUGAUAUGGAACAAGUAUUGAGAGAAGAUAAGAAUUUCCAAGUUGUUAUCAUUGGAUUCAAAUAUACUUAUGAAGAAUUCAGUCCAGCUUAUCAUCUUGGUAAUUUUUGGCAACAUAUUUAUGGAACUUUGGCUCAAGUUUACAAUACAUUGAAUGUAGCUGAAAUUUAUUUGGGUGAAGAAGAUAGAAAAUCUCUUGAACAAAACUUUACUCUUUCUGCUAUUAGAAAGCUUGUUUUACCAAAAGUUCUUGGAAUAGUUUCAGUCAACUCUUCAGUUAGUGAAAGACAAAAGUUCUUGAAGGAAUGGAAUUCUAUGAACAGUCAUGAAAAGCAAGAAUAA